AUGGUUGCACCGCUGUAUACAACCGCGUCGGGACUCCUAUUCCAUGCCGGCAAGAUCCUAGUUAUCACGAUCGGCCUUCCAGCUCGUGGAAAGACCCACAUCUCGCGCGCACUUGAACGAUACCUACGAUGGAUGGGUGUCAAGACGCAGGUCGUGUCUCUCGGAGACUACAGGCGGAAGCAGCUCGGUGGCGCCCAGAAGCUGCCUUCGGACUACUUCACACUCGGCGAGAAGACCGCUGAAACGAUUGCAUUGAGGGCCAAGAUCUCAGAGGGAUGUGAAAAGUUGAUUUGGGAUUUCUUCGAGGGCGGUGGGCAAGUGGUCAUCUAUGACGCCAACAACGGGACGAAAGCUGCGCGUCAGGCGGUAGCCGAGAGGUUCGACAAGCAGGGCAUACACGUAGUAAUGCUAGAAUCCUUGUGUGACAACAAGGAAAUUAUCGAAAGAAAUAUCCGAAGCGUCAAGAUCUCCUCUCCUGAUUAUAAGAACUGGGAUCCGGAUAAAGCCGUUGAAGAUUACUAUAUGCGCAUCCGAGACCAUGAAAAGUAUUACGAAACUCUAGAGGACACUACUUGGCCAUUCAUUAAGAUCAUAAACGUUGGAGAGAAGAUCAUGCUGAAUAAAAUUCAAGGAUAUCUCCAAUCCCGCAUUGUGUACUUCCUCAUGAAUAUUCACAAUAAAUUCAGGAUGAUCUACUUCGCCCGCUCAGGACAAUCUCUGAUUGAGCAUUCGUACAAAGCCGACUCGGAUCUCUCGCCGGCUGGUUGGGAGUAUGCCGAGCGCCUGAAAGAUUUCGUUCUUGAGAAGCGAGCUCAGAGUCUAGAGCAACGAGGGUUCAAUCCCAAGGAGCGAAAGCUGGUCAUCUGGACAUCAACGCGCCGGCGUGCACACCACACGGCAUGGCCAUUUGUCGCCGGCCAGGGAUCUCAAAGCACUUUAUUAUCACAAGUGCCGUCAGCCCCUUCAGAAUCAGUCGAGCACUCAACUACAUCUGAAUUCCUUACCACCUCUCCGAUUUCUCUCCUGCCGCCCGAGUCGCUAGCUGGACCGUCCUCUUCCGCUGAUGCCCUACCGCCAGUGAAAUCCCCGCCACCGAUGCCCGCCCACAUCAAGGUCGUGGAGAAACCACAGAUGCUGGAAAUCAACCCUGGUAUCUGGGAUGGGCUAAGCCCCGAACAGGCGAAGAAGUAUUACCCGGAAGACUGGGCGCGCUUCACGAAAGACCCGUAUGCAUACCGUGCUCCAAGAGCAGAGAGCUACCACGAUCUAAGUGUGCGCAUAGAGCCCAUCUUGGUUGAGCUGGAACGCGAACAAGAGGAUCUACUCAUCAUCGGCCACGCGUCUGUUAUCCGCUGCCUCCUCGCCUACCUUAUCGGCCUUCCAGCGUCCGAAAUUCCGGCCAUCGAGAUCGCGCGUGGGGACUUGCUUGAGGUCGUGCCAGCAUCGUACGGCGUUCAUAGUCAUGCUUUCCACUUCUGGGACGGCCCUGGUCGACGAGGAGACGGCGAUAUGACGGACGUGAAGGAUGUGAACAAUUUCUACGAGAACUACGCGGAGAGCACGAAGGGAAAGAGGAAGAUUGCUGUAGAGGAGAGCGCUGCUGCCUCGAGGGCCGAGAGCCCUGCACCACUCGCGGAAGAUGAGGACAACUUGAAGACGCCGAUGCCUCCGCCCCCCACCAUCAGUAUAGAAACGCAGCUAUGA